AUGUCGCUGAAACGAGUUCUUAUUGUAAAUAAAUCAUUCCCGGUCGCCGGUUUAGAACUUUUGAAAAACAAAGUUGAAGCGGUCGUGCUUCCGCACUUGGACUACGAAGCAGAGAGCUUGCCGAAUAUCAAAAACAACCUCAAAGGAUUCGACGCUUUAAUAUGGAACACCAAACACAAACUUACUGGAGAAUUAUUGGCAAUAGCAGGACCUCAACUAAAAGCCGUAUCAACAAUGGCGUCAGGCAUCGACCACAUCGACGUCGCAGAGAUCAAGAAACGUGACAUUCCAUUAGGAAAUACUCCACAAGUAUUAGAUGAUGCUGUCGCAGAUAUUACUGUUGGACUUAUCAUUGCUGCUGCAAGGAGGUUCAAGGAAGGAGUUCAGGAGUUGGAGGCAGGCGAAUGGAAGUACGGUGUCCAAUGGAUGGUGGGGCAGGACAUUUCUGGCAGCACAGUUGGGAUCGUGGGCUUCGGGGGUAUAGGACAGGCAGUGCUCCGAAGAUUGAGGGGGUUCGAUGUCGCUAAAUUCCUGUAUAGUGGACGCAGUGACAAGCCUGAAGCAAAAACCUUGGGAGCGGAACGAGUGCCACUAGACCAGUUGCUAAGGGAGAGCGACUUCGUGGUCCUCUCGUGUCCCCUUACGAAGGAGACCAGACAUCUGAUCAACACUGAAUCACUCAAGACAAUGAAGAAGACCGCUGUAGUCGUCAAUAUCGGGAGAGGAGAGUUAAUAGACCAAGAAGCUUUAUACAAUGCUCUGAAAGAGAAGCAGAUCUUCGCAGCAGGAUUGGAUGUCACUACUCCAGAGCCAUUAAAGAACGACCAUCCUCUUGUCUCUUUGCCGAACUGUUACAUUUUACCCCACAUGGGUAGCGCGACAGUUGACACCAGAAACAAGAUGGCGUCUAUAUCAGCACAGAACGUAUUAUUGGCACUAGAAGGAAAACCUAUGCUGUUUCCUUGUUGA